AUGGCCCCCCGAACAGACUUCCCGCCCAUACGGGCCUGCCUCUUCGACAUGGACGGACUGCUCCUCGACACCGAAGACAUCUACACCGACUGCAUAAACAUCCUCCUCUCCAAGUACGGCCGCCCGCCGCUGCCAUGGUCCAUCAAGGCCAAGCUCCAGGGCCGCCCCGGCCCCCAGGCGAACGAGCUCUUCCACACCUGGGCCAACCUGCCCAUCUCCAACGACCAGUACAUGGACGAGUACUCGGCCCUGCAGCGCGAGCACUUCCCCAGCGCCAAGGCCCUGCCCGGCGUCGAGCAGCUCCUCGAGGACCUGGGCAGGACGAGAUACUGGGACGUGAAGGGCGGCGAGAAGGGCGCAGCAAAGAGGGUGCACAUAGCCCUGGCCACGUCGAGCCACAGCGGCAACUUCGCCCUCAAGACCAACCACCUGACGGACCUCUUCUCCGUCUUCCAGUCGCCGCACCGCGUCCUGGGCGAUGACAAGAGGAUACAGCCCGGCCGGGGCAAGCCGCUGCCCGACAUCUACCUGCUCGCGCUGGAGACGGUCAACUCGACGCUGCCCCCGGGCGAGCCGCCGAUCAAGCCGGAGGAGUGCCUUGUCUUUGAGGACAGCGUGCCCGGCGUCGAGGCGGGGAGGAGGGCCGGGAUGCGCGUCAUCUGGUGCCCCCACCCGGGGCUGAAGGAGCAGUACACCGGCCGCGAGGCCGAGGUGCUGGCUGGGCGGACGGGCGAGGCCGGCGUGGGCGUCGAUGAGCACCAGCUGGGGGAGAUCGACGACGGGUGGGCACAGUACCUUGAGAACCUGGUCGACUUCCCUUACAGCACCUAUGGUAUUGUCGUCCCGCCCAAGGGCGUCGAGUCAGACCCCAGUAUGAAGGAGACAGCCGAGACGGAGACAGUGACGGUUAAAGAGGCACCAAAAGUUUGA